GUUGCGCACGGUGGGCAGUUUGAAUCAGCGACCGGCACGCGUAUGAGUCUUCCAAAUGACUCUCCUCGUUUAUCGUUUUAUGAUAAUAAUUCUGUUUCGUGUGUAACAACGGACCGUUGUUUUUCGUUAAACGUUUCCCCGUGUCUUUGUUUUCUUUCCUUUCCACCCCAAUUCCCCUCGCUGGAAAUAAUUGAACAAUUGAACAAUCGAUAACGAACUUUUUGGAUUUCGUGAUACAGUGUAGUUGUGAAACAGAUUGUAUUUUUAUUGCAAUUGCGUGAUCCUUUGACGAGCUGCUGAUUGAACGCAUUUGAUUCGCUAAUCAGAAUCGAUAUGUCGCCAGGUGUUGCAGUGUCUCCUAAUUCCAUGUCUUCGGGCUACGCGGCUUGUUCUCUAAUCAACGUAGUACCAAAUCAACAGACACUCAGAGGAAAUUUCUCGGAAAACAUGGAAUCUCCGCACAUGGGCAUCAGCAGCAGUAGCAGUAGCAGUAGCAGUAGCAGUACUGCCAGCAGCGGAGAAAGUGCCGAGCUUUCGGACAAAGAUCAACUUCAAGUGCAAUCGUGUUACAAAGGCUUGAAAACACAGGUGUACGUGUGCGGUUCGAUGGCCAACUUGUACUUGCACAACUCGUCACUGGAAGGCAGUUGGGACUUGAAGUUCACCGGGAUCCCGGUGGUGCUGUACGAUAGCGGCGAGACGCGGUCCAGGGACAAGCCGCGUAUCCAGAUACUGCUCGUGGAACGCGGCACGUGCUUCGCGUUGUGGCAGGACACUAUCGACAACCUGACCUCGUACAAGGUGUCCAGCCAAGGGUUUCACACAAUGUGCUUAUCAACGGACCACACCCAGCUGAUCGGGUUGAGUUUCGACUGCGCCGAGGCCGCCCAUCAGCUGUGGUCGCACAUCGAUCGGCUCACGUCCGACCCGGAGAACAUUCGAUUGUCCGGCCCCGGCAACCGGUCGAAACAGAGCCGAAAAUUGAAGCACCGGCCGGCUCCGGUCCGCCGGCUCCCGGACAAGUCGCACAUCUCGCAACCGUGCUGCUUCGAGCACAUCACCAACGUCGAGGUGGCCGACCGGUCCAGGUACUUGUCGCUGCAGAAUCUCGUGCCCGCGCCGAUGCUGCAGCCGCUGGACACCGGGAGUGGCGCGAAGUGAAUCGCCUAAUGGACGCGACACCCGUUGCUGCGUUUUUAGCACGGGUUAAUAUUUAUUUAUAGGGAUCUCUGUACAGUCAGUGUUGUCCGAUCGUCCGAAAAUCGGAGUGCAUUCAUCGAUAGUCGACUAGCAUUUGAAAUACACACUAAUUAUUUAUACUCGAAACGCCUUGUCAGACGCGUUUCCAUAUUAUAAUUGUUGCUAUCCUUCGAAUAGACGUACAAUAUUUUUUUAUCCUAGUCCUUAGUGAAAA